CUCCGUUCGCCCUUGUUUCGACUAUUUUGACGUGUCGCUGUGUGCUCGCCGACAUGGACUCACUGGAGGCACGCUCUCGGGAUGUCCAGGAGAGGACCUUCUGCAAAUGGCUGAACACAAAGUUGGAAUCCAACGGAUAUCCUCCGAUGACCUCGCUGGUCAAGGACCUAUCGGAUGGUGUCCGGCUCAUCCAGCUUAUGGAGAUCAUGGGCGAUAUAUCUCUUGGAAGAUAUAACAGGAACCCACGGAUGCGCGUGCAGAAAGCCGAGAAUGUGAACAAAGCGUUGGAGUUCAUCACCUCGCGAGGCGUCAAACUAACGAAUAUCGGGCCUGAAGAUAUCAUUGACGGGAAUCUCAAGCUCAUCCUGGGCAUGAUAUGGACUUUAAUUUUGCGCUUCACCAUCGCUGACAUCAGCGAGGAGGGCUUGUCUGCUAAGGAAGGCCUACUACUAUGGUGUCAGCGGAAGACCGCACCCUACAAGGAAGUCGACGUGCAGGACUUCUCUCUGAGCUGGUCCGACGGCCUCGCAUUAUGUGCACUAAUUCAUUGCCACCGGCCGGACUUACUCGACUACGACAAACUGGACAAGUCCGAUCGGCACGGGAAUACCCGGCUCGCGUUCCAAGUAGCAGCAGACCAUCUCGGGAUCCCACAACUGCUAGAGGUAGCCGACUUGUGCGAUACCGCUCGCCCGGAUGAGCGCAGUGUUAUGACCUAUGUAGCCAGCUUCUUCCACGCGUUCUCAUCUAUGGAGCAGGUUGAGACCGUGUCACGGCGAGUGGAGAAAUUUGCAGAACUUAUGUACUCUGUCUGGCUUAGCAAGAAUGACUACGAACGACGUGCACGCGAGCUACUCUCUGCCAUCUCCUCUAUCCAAGCGCGCUGGGCCGCAGCCGAGUUCACGGGCACCUACACAGACGCCAAGGAACAUUCCGCCAGCUUCACCACGUACAAGCAGACAAAGAAGCGAGCAUGGGUCACGGAACGGCAAGACGUCACCACUCUCUUUGGGAACAUCCAGACCAAGCUCCGCACGUACGGACUGCGGGAGUACACCCCUCCACCGGGGCUUGCGCUGUCGGACUUGGACACCGCUUGGAAUGAGCUAUUGGGAUCGGAAGCAAAGAGAUCACGUGCGAUUAAUGCAGAGAUCCGACAGAUCAAGGAGGGUCUGCGCAAGGCGUUUGCUGAUCUCGCCAACAACUUUGAGAAACGGCUCCGCGCGAUCUCAUCAGAGCUGGCCGGGAUUGAGGGCGCACUAGAGGAACAACAGGAGCAAAUGACACAACUCCGUACGAAGCUACCCUUGCUGACAGACGGACUUGCCGCUGUGGUGAGGGCGGAAGACGAAUGCAGGGCUGCUAACGUGGACGAGAACGACUACACUGUAUUCACGUGUCAGGAUCUGGAGUUCGAGCUUGAGCUGCUAGAGCAGAGUAUCUCGAAGAAGAUCGCCUUCAUAGACAACCAGAUUGUAUCGCGGAACAUGACGAACUUGACACCAGCACAGCUGGAACAAUUCGAGAGUACCUUCCGGUACUUCGACCGGGACGAAACGAACACUUUAAACCAAGCGGAGAUGGCUGCCGCCCUUGCCAGUCUUGGCAUCGUAUAUUCUGACGAAGAUAUGGACAUCAUUUACGACCAGUUAUUGCAAGACUACGGUGCGGUUACGUUUGAGGCCUUUAUCAAUCUCCUGGUUGAGAUCACGGAAGACCAGACAUCGCCCGACCAGCUGCGUGACUCGUUCCGAGGCAUCGCGAACGAUAAGCCGUUUGUGACAGAGCUGGACCUGCGCGUCGCACAGUUGCCAGCAAGCGCGAUCGAGUACCUGCGGCAGGCCAUGCCACCUGCGGCCAGUGGCGCUGAAGAGGCCGAGUACGACUACGAGGCUUGGCUGGACGAUGUGUUUGCAUGAGUCUCCGGCCUGCGACAGAUAUUCAGUGUUGUAUCCAUCAUUAUUCUGCUCUGCACAGCCCAAGUUCCGCAUUCCUCUCCCGCAAUUCGUUACUGUAGCAUACAUCGCGUAGACGGGAAGGUGUAGAUUAGAUCGUGGGUACCUACGUGUAUCCGACGUAAUGCAAGCUUCAGACUUCCGCGCUGCCCAGUUUGCGCGCCAUCCGCUGCGCCCGCGUUCUGCCGCAGGCCCUGUACGGACCGCAGAUGGAUGGGUGGGUGUUGUGUCACUGCGGCCAGUCGAGGCUGUGGACGAGACGAGAUUCAGUGA